CCACCUUCCGCCCUUCAGCAUUGGCAGGGAUUAUCUUCUUCGUCUUUUUAACAUAUAUUAUCAUACUUUCAUUCGUCGUCAUAAUUACGAAUUACUGUGUGCCGCCAUGCCAACGGUCUUACCGCUUUCAAUGUUUCUCUCUCUCUCCCUCUUCAUCCUCUCCACUUUCAACUUCGCAGAGUCCCAACCAUUCAUUGGCAUCAACUACGGCCAAGUUGCCAACAACCUUCCACCACCUAUGGCCACCGCGAACCUCCUGAAUUCCACCACCGUCGGAAAGAUCAGGCUCCACGGCGCCGACCCCGCCAUCAUCAAGGCCCUCUCAAACACCGGCAUCGGCAUAGUUAUUGGCGCCACCAACGGCGAGAUUCCAGCGCUGGCCUCCGAUCCCAACGCAGCGAUGCGGUGGGUUAACUCGUACGUACUCCCCUACUACCCUGCCAGCAACAUCAUCCUCAUUACCGUGGGCAAUGAGGUCAUAACCUCCAGUACGGAUCAGGGCUUGAUCUCUCAGCUCCUUCCCGCCAUGAAGAAUGUCCAGAACGCGCUCAAGUCGGUUUUACUCGGCGAUAAGGUUAAGGUAUCAACGGUUCACUCCAUGUCCGUGUUGUCUCAGUCCUACCCUCCCUCGUCCAGUUUUUUCAAUCCCGUCUACCAGGACACCAUGAGGGGCUUGUUGGAGUUCCAGAGGGAGAAUGGCUCCCCCUUCGCCAUCAACCCCUACCCUUUCUUCGCUUACAAGAGCGAUCCCAGGCCUGAAAUGCUUGCGUUCUGCCUGUUUCAGCCCAACUCAGGACAGGUCGACUCGGGAACUGGAAUCACAUACGUGAAUAUGUUCGACGCUCAGUUAGAUGCUGUGCGGUCUGCUUUAAAUGCGAUGGGAUUCAAGGAUACUGAGAUUAUGGUUGCUGAGACCGGUUGGCCGUACAGUGGGGACAUUAAUGAAGCAGGACCCAGUGUUGAAAAUGCCAUGGCCUACAAUAAGAAUUUGAUUGCCCGCCUAAGAUCAAUGGCUGGGACCCCCUUAAUGCCUGGAAAAUCAGUGGAUACGUAUGUCUUUGCCCUGUAUGAUGAGAAUUUAAAACCAGGACCGUCCUAUCAGCGAGCUUUUGGACUUUACAAGCUGCCUGAUCUUACCAUGAUCUAUGAUGUUGGCCUUUCAAAGAUAAAUAGUAGCCAGACUCCAUCGCCAAACCAAGUGACUCCAUUAUCACCAAAAAAGCCAGGAACAAGCUGGUGCGUUCCCAAGGCUGGCGUUUCUGAUGCUCAACUGCAGGCAAAUCUCGACUAUUCCUGUGGACAAGGUAUUGAUUGCAGGCCGAUCCAACCAGCAGGCGCCUGCUUUGAACCGAACACAUUAUUGUCACAUGCUUCCUAUGCCAUGAAUCUCUAUUACCAAACUGCUGGGAAGAAUCCAUGGAACUGCGAUUUCUCACAGUCGGCAACCCUCACAUCCAUUAAUCCUAGUUACAAUAUUUGCAAUUAUCCUGGUUGAUGCAUGUACCUGAUCAUCAAAAGCAGCGUAAUGAUCUCAUGAUUUAGAAUCCUAGAAACCAAGACAAUAAUUAAACAUAUCAUGUUUGUAAAUGAUAUGUCAGUGUGCUACUAUACUACUUAUUUUGAUCUAUUUCCUCUUGUGAUGGAGUACGUACGUACUUCUUUUGAUCUUUCUUAUCGUAUUUGUAAGUUUUGAUCUUCGUCAUCUUAUUAUGAUGAAGUAGUACUUAAUAUCAUAUAUACACGUACUUAUGUUUGGUUUGAGAAA